AUGCAAGAGGGUGAGGUCACCUUUGACGAUGAUGCCAGUUUGGAUGCAUUAUUACAAAGGAAAGCGUGUCACUGCAGUGGAGAAGGUUGGCAGACAUCUCAAUCACGGACCAAGUGCACAUCAUCAGUAACGAGGCAAACUGAGGAGCUCAAACUGCGCCACUUGAUAGGACGCGUUGAGAAAACAGCAUCACGCCUGCGAUCGUCCUGCCUGGAACGCAUAACCCAAAUCUACCGAACAUUACACACGCAAGACCAAACACGGAGGGUCUACAAAGAAGCCGGCCCGCCCGCCCUCCCCCAGGCGCGCAGCCCGGGCCCCGCGGGCCGCCGACCCUCCGGGAGUCCGCGGCGCCCGACGCCUCCACACGCGCCGGGCACCGUCCCCGCGCCGCCUUCCCGCCGCCGCCAGGAGGCUCCGCGCGCCUUCCCGCCUUUCCCCGCGCCGCGGCCGGCCCGGCGACCAGGCGGGCGCGAGGAGGGGCGGCCGCGGGGUCCGGGAGCCGGUGCGCCCCGGCGCCGCCCGCCUCUCCCAGCGGGCCUCCCGGGCCGCCGCCCCGAGGCCGCGUCCUCCGCCGGCCGCCCGCCCGCCCGCGCCUCCUCCUUUGUGACCGUCUCCAGCCCCUCGGAGCCGGCGCGCCGCAGCCGCUGCGCCCGGGGCUGCAAAUGGCGCCCGCCCGCCUCUGCGCCUCCCGCCGCUCUGCCGGCCCGGGGACGUCUGGGGGCGCCGCGCCCGGGCCGCAUCCCGCCGCUGCUGCCGCCCGCGCGGUCCGAGCCCGCGGCGCCUCCGCCCGCAGCGAGGCUCGCGGCCAGUCCCGGGAGCCCCGACGCCCCGCCCCUCUUCGCACGACUAGGUGCGGGAAUCCCAGAAACACUAUAA